AUACCACAAAAAAAAAACAUAUACGUACAAAAAAAUAACUGCCAUGUGUGGACACGUCAGCACCUCCGUAGUCGCCGACACGUUCCCAUUCGCCCAGGGAUAUUCCGGCGGUGUCGUCACUCCUCCUCCGCCGCCGCCGUUGCAGGAGCAGUUCCCUUCACUGCAAUUUCUGCUGAACAACCACGAGCUGAUGAUUGCCGCCGACUACUCGGAAGCGAUAUUCGAAUUUUCUGGCGGCUCCGGGAACGGUUACGGCGGUGGAAUCAGCGGCUGCAACUCGCCGAGCUCGCUCGAGAGCGGCGGCGGCGGAGAGCGUAGUGUGAUGCAGAGGAGUGUGAGUAGCAACGAUGGGUUUUUGGGUCAUUUGGCGUCAACCCAUGGGCCCACUUUGGAGUCUGGGCCCGUGAGACGGGCUCUUAGCGCCGGAGAUCUGCACAGAAUGAAUAAGAAGAAGGGGAAAGGGAAGCAAGGGAGGAGAGGGGAGAGCGAGCUAUGGAGUGAGAGCAAUGCCAUAAUACAAGGAAUGAACAGAACAGCCAAGUACAGCCCGCUUGAGAAGAAGCAGAGGAUUGAGCGAUACAAAAGCAAGAGAUCUCUUAGGAAUUUCAACAAGAGAAUCAAGUAUGAAUGCAGGAAGACAUUAGCAGACAGCAGGCCACGAAUAAGAGGGAGAUUUGCAAGAAAUGAUGAGAUCGAAGACAAUAAGAUGAUGCCACAGCCAACCCAAGAUUUCGACACUGCUUGGGCCUCUUUUCUCGAUUCUUUCUCCGUUAAUCACUUCCUUAAUUAAUCUCUCUAGUUUAUAUAUAUAUAUAUAUGUGUAUAUAUAUAUGUGUCUGAGUGCAAGUUUUGUGUGAUUUAUUUUGUAAUUAAGAAUAAACUGUAUUAGUAAUUGUUUUUCGAU